AUGCGAAUAUCGUUUUGGAAUUAAACUGAUAACCUAGACGACAGUCCACCGCAGCUGCAGCCCAAAUUUUCCUUCGCCUUUGCUUCUCCCUCCACCAGCUUCUUCCUCGUUCGUUUCUUCACUCAACCGGUUUUUCGAGCUGCUUAUUCGGUCGACCAUGGAAAUGCCUAUAUUUAGAGAUUUGAUUCAUUAGCAAACUCUAUUCGGAUUUGAAAAAGGAAUUUUCAGCUGCACGAAUUCCCUUCCGUUUUUAAUUUUUUCUUUCUCCGUGGAAGAAUUAUUCAAAAUUCGACCUAUGGACAUAACUUAAAAUUAAAGGUGAACCAGUUUCCAUGGUCUUCAGAGGACUGUUGUAAUGCCUGCCUCAGUAUGGCUACUGAUGAAUUCAUUAUUUGGUCAUUCAUGGGUUGCAGUGGAGCAGAAGCAGUGUUAAACCUUCAACCCGAUUCUUUAAUUGCUAUUGCCUAUCACCCUCACUUUGGUUCUCACGAUGAUCUGAUGCUUCUUGAGGUUGAUGAGAAACUCCUCCCAGAUGUACUCCAACAAAGAGUAACUUUAAGAGGUCAGCCAGAUGAAGGUGCAGUGCUUUGCACUCGGUCAAAAACUUAUGCCAUCAAAUUUGUUGGAACUUCUAAUUCUUCAUUCCUCAUACCCCCAUCAGAUCAAUUUGCGCCGUCUCAAAAUUCACUAGUUUGUGAUAGCAAAGUUUAUGAUCUGCAGCAGCUUGCACCCGUCAUUAAGGUUGCGCCUGGUAACAUGGAGCUUAAUGAAGUUUCUCCCAGGCUUGACAAACUUAAGUUACUUCUAUCAGAGAACCCUUAUAGGACUGAGGAGGUCCUGGAAAUGGAUGAUUGGGACAUGGGAAAAAGUAAAACUGGAUUAUAUACAUGGGAUGAUCUUGUUGAAAGGGUUCAGGCAAGUAAUGAUGAAUUGAGGGCUGGAUUGCGUGCUCUUUCAGCUGUAGAGAUUGAUGGGUAUUGGAGAAUUGUGGAGGAAAAAUAUAUGGACAUGAUCCUAAGGAUGCUUUUGCACAAUUCAGUAUUGAAUGACUGGUCAUUACAUGCACUCAAUGAAGAUGAAGUUGUGAGGGUGCUUGCGUCAGAUGGAUUUCCGCAAAAGCUUGCCCUCCAUUGUUUGGAUGUUUAUGGCAGUAAGAUGGAUGGGGAUGUGUGUACAAGUUAUGUGUGGAAGUUAGAUGGGAGGAAAGUAUGUGUGCAUUUUGGAAGAGAAAUAUUGAGAGAAGGGAAAAGGAAGAUGGAAAAUUUUAUGGUAGAAUGGUUGAAAAAGAUUCCAGAUGGCAUACAGGCAAGUUUUGAUAUGUUGGAAGGUGAAGUCUUGACGGAGAAGCUUGGUGUUGAGACAUGGGUUCGAGCCUUCAGCGUUUCUUCGUUGCCCUUGACUCCUGCUGAGCGGUUCUCCAUUCUCUUUAGAGAGCGACCAAAAUGGGAAUGGAAGGAUUUACAUCCGUACAUCAGGGAUCUGAAGGUACCUGGUCUUUCUUCAGAAGCAUUGUUGCUCAAAUACACUCGAAGAACACAACCAAGCUUAGAUGCGGAACCUGUUUUUAGUGCAAGAUAGUGCAAAAAUGUUUGGGAAG